CUUGGUCACUGCAUUUUUUCUCCAAUCAUAUCUUAUGCCAUCUUAUACUCUUUUCAUUUGAACACUUCAUUCAUCACAUUAUUUGCUUAUACUAGAUAUUCUGUAUACAAAGAUUGAGUUUUCCACAUUAUUUGCUUCUGUGGGUCCCUUACUAUACUAUCCUCAAUCUUUUUUUCUUUAAUAUCUUACUUUAAUUCCUCUUUUUUUCUUUUUUGUACUAAUUAAUAUUCCUAGAGUUUUGCCUCCUUCUAUUCUAUCAUUGCUCUCUUUAACUAAUUUCAUUUGGGUUCUUGUGAUGACACUUUCUUCUUGUUUGGCUAUUAUUAGUUAAUUUUCAGCUAAAAAGAUUGAUUUUUGACCAAUGGGCUGUCUUUGAAUCUUUCUCAUUUUACAUGUGUUCCUCCUCCUUGUUGAUAAUGUACAAUCACAAAUUUUGUUUCUUGGAAGCUGGUUAAUGUUGAAUAUGUGUUGCCUCAUGAAUUGCUUCUUGAAUAUUAAUUGAUUUAUUUUUAAAGGAAUUCAUUCAUGGCUAAUUAGAAACUUGUUUCUCUCAUGAAGAUUUGAAGUAUUGGCAAUUUUUUGUGAAAGGAAUGGAAACUAUGUUUGCAAAAGAUAACAAGUUUUUUGUGAGUGGAUAGAGUGUGGAAAAGGGAGUAAUUAAUAUGAAGGGAGCAAUUGAUGAAGGAAAAGAGAUAAGUCCAAUGUUUCCAAGGUUGCAUGUUAAAGAUGCUGAGAAAGGAGGUCCAAAAGCACCUCCAAGGAAUAAAAUGGCUCUCUAUGAACAAUUCAGCAUCCCUUCAUCAGGACAUGGAUCAGGAGGAUCCUUGUUUUCUCUCCCUCUAAGAAAUUGCACACUUUCCACAACAUCAACCCAUCUUGGUUGCAGUACUCAAAGCAUCAAGUUCUGCAGCUCCAAUGCAUCUUCUAUUCUAUCUGACAAAGCUCAAGCCUAUAAUUCCAGAAUGAUCAAUUCAACCAAGUUGAUGGCGAGUCGUGACUUCGAACACAAGAAACCUGCAAAACAAAUUACCAAAGAUAAUUUCAUCAGUAGUAAGAAUUCUCUUAAAACAAUUGAUGGUGAAGAAGCUGCUUUUAUAACUCCUGGUUCUGUUCAUGUGAAAAGUUCAUGUUGUGGCCUCAUCAUCCAAAACGACAAAGAAAAACUUACUCGCGAAAAUUUGAGCUGUUCGCUUAAAAAUCUAAAUUCAUUUAGAAAAAUGAUGAAUUCAAAUGGAGCCAUAGAACUGAAAUCAGCACAAUGUGGGAAGAUUCAAAUGGAAGAACAUAAAAAUUCAAGUCAAAUUGAUCAGAAGGAAGAGGAAGGAAUUCCUCUCUCAUUAAAUAGUUUCGAUGACAUGACAAAUGCAUCAUCAAACUCAUUGGUUAAGGAUACAAAUUCCAAAUCGAUGAAGAAAGAACAUAGAUCAAUGAAGGAAGAAACAAAAAAUAUUUCAAUAGAUAGUUUGAAAACAUUGAAAGGUAGCAAUGGUAAUAGACAUGAAGAUCAUGCAGGAUUUGUAGAAAAAAUCAAAUUAAAGGAUCAUUGCAUGGAGAAACCAGCAAAGAGUGAUGUCGAAAGAAUUUUGGGUGAGUUAGAAAUCGGUAGAAGGUCCUUCUUUGGUGGCAAGAGAGAGAGGAGUAAAGAUGAGGAGACUGAUAGAAAUUAUGAUGCAUUGAAUAAACCAAGAUCAGCAUAUAGAUUUGGUAUGGAUAUCUCCCCUGAUGAUGUUGUUGGACUUAUAGGUGAUAAGCAAUUUUGGAACACAAGAAAAACUAUCAUCAAUCAACAGCGAAUAUUCCUCAUGCAAGUGUUUGAGUUACAUAGACUUAUAAAGGUGCAAAGAUUAAUUGCAGGGUCACCUCAUCUAUUAUUUGAAGACAAGUCACCAAUAAUAACAUCCUCUCCCAAGAAACUCGACGACAAGUCCGAAAAAGCCGCGACGUCCGAUGACAUUAAAAACAAUGUUGUUGGAAAUAUUCACCUUCCUAGUGUCAACAACAUAACCAAAGAACAUAAUCAUCUCCCAAAUUAUGUCAAUCAUCAUUUAGGAAACCUUGCAUUAGCCUCUAAUGAUAUAAAAAACUCAAAUUCCAAACAAUCACCAAACAUUGUCUACCCUCCUCCACCAGCAAAUCAAUGGUUAGUUCCUGUCAUGUCACCAUCUGAAGGACUUGUAUACAAGCCAAUCAUCGGACCAUGUCCUCCGAAUUCAAGCCUCGUGGCACCGUUAUUCGGCGCCUGCAGUUCACUAAGCCUGAAUCCAGGAAACAAGGAUGUUUUAGAUCAAUCUCUUGGUACAAAUUGUCAUCAAAAAGUUGGAAUCUUUUCUAGUUCAUCAUUACCACAAUUGUUACCAACAUCAUUCAUGCAUAGAUCUAUAUCAGCUUCAGCUAUUGAACAAAUGGAGCAAUCUAAUUAUGGUACUAAAAAUCACCAAUCAAAUGCAGAAUUCAUGUAUCAAACGCCAUCAUCUAACAUGUCAACUCAGAUAAGCCAAGUAAUGUCAAGAAACAUUUCAAAUUAUCAAUCAUAUGAAGAUAAUAAAGAAUUACAAAUAAGUAGAGCUAGUAGUCCAUCUAAGAGAAUGAAAGGAGUUGAUGAACUUCCUUUGUUUCCGGUUGCGCCGACGCUUUGGCCAUCAUCGGAUCGCGACACACGUGUUGAAAACCAAUCAAGAGUAAUCAAAGCUCUUCCUCAUAAUGCAAAAUCAGCAAGUGAAUCAGCAGCCAGGAUAUUCAAAUCAAUCCAAGAAGAAAGGAAACUUUUGUAGCUAGUAUUAUUCAUAAUAUAUUUUUAAUAAGGCAAGAUAUUAUUAAUUUCAUACUAUAUAUACCCUGACACUAACAAUGUAUAUUUAUACUCUAUAGAUUGAUAACAAUACUUGAGCCUUUUUGAGAAGAUGGAACAGGAUUGUAAAUUCAAAUGCCAUUAACAAUAAGUUCAUGUAUCAACCAUUGUGAACAGCCAAA